AUGGCAGGGACAACGGAGAAGUUGCACAUUCUCGUCCACCCUCUGAUCAAUUCACGACUAUCUCAGCUCAGGCUGACCACUACCAAUGCAAAAGAGUUUCGCGAGGGUAUCCGUGACAUUAGCCUUAUAUUAGGCAUUGAGGCGAGCCGCUACUUAGAGGAAGAAACGAUUACCGGACAAACCCCAGUAGGACCAUUCACUGGCUCUGUUAUCAAGCCGAAGAUUGGUCUCACACCUGUAUUGCGCGCUGGUCUCGGAAUGACGGAUGCUCUCUUGGAUCUAUUCCCGGCUGCGCCUGUCUAUCACCUUGGGAUAUUCAGGGAGAAGGUCACGUUGCAGCCGGUGGAGUACUAUUCGAAGCUUCCGUCCAACCCGACCGUUGACAUGGUCUUCCUACUGGAUCCUCUGAUUGCAACGGGAGGGACAGCAUGUGCUGCUUUGAACAUGAUCCUGGAUUGGGGUAUUCCUGUCAAGCAGAUAAAGCUACUCUGCAUAUUGGCUUCCCAAGAUGGUUUAAAUCGCGUAUGUGCCGAAUUUCCAGGUAUAGAAAUCUGGGUGUCCGCUGUCGACCCAAACCUGACUGCUCGGGGCCUGAUCAACCCAGGACUGGGCGACACCGGCGAUCGUCUAUACAACACUCUCAAGGAAUGA